AUGGCUAUUAUCACUCUCUCCAGCGUGGAUGAUUGCAUCGCAGCCCUCCACGUUGUGGGUCUGAGGGUGUUCCGGUUCACACCCUGGUCUAUGGAUAUCCCGGAGGGGCUCACUGCAUUAAGCGAGAAAUACCCAGACAUCAAGUUCUACACAUUCAGCACUGAGGACUUGACGGAUGAAGAGGACGCUAAUAUUUUCUAUGACUGCUUCGGAUUCGGGGACGUUCCCAACGUCACAAUCUGUAAAAGCGGCAAAUGCGUCGAGAUUAUUGCAGGCGAAAUGGAGAAUAUGGAUGACUUGAUCGAGACAACUGAAAGGAUGAUCCAAAUUCAUCACUAA